CCUUGCCAAACUGCUGGAUCACUUCACCACCAACAGAGCACAGCAAAGAGAGCAGUCGGUUGGUCGUGUCUCUUUCCGAGGCCGGAUGGUAAACUCCAACCUCCAGCGGAUCCUAAACAGUCAUUGCUUUGCUCGCGAAAAGGAAGGAAAACAACAGCCUCUUACCACCAUGGCGGAUUUGAGUAGCGGUAUUUGUGACAUGAUUGGGAAUCUGUCCAUGCACUGUAGUAGUACCCGCGGCCCAGGGCCUCUGUGGUGCUCCGAUGCCCCUCUCCCACCCCUGAAGAUCCCAGGUGGGCGAGGGAAUGGCACACGGGAUCACGCUCCUUCAGCUCGGUUGCUCUACUCAGACCAGAAGUUAACCGUUAGUGAGGAGCCGGCGGGUAACGGUCGCCCUGGGAUACUCCACUUCCAAAGUCGUCCCACCGUCAGCAAGACAGUUCAAUGGGAUGCUGUCCUAAGCAGCAGCGCCCUCUUUGUGGAGAUCCCUCUUGACCCACUUCCUGAAGGCAGCAAGGAGAGCUUUGCGGCUCUGCUGGAAUAUGCUGAAGAACAUCUGAAAGUCGUUAGCGUGUUUGUCUGCUUUUACAAGAACAGGGAUGAUCGUGCCCAACUGGUGCGUACGUUCAGUUUCCUGGGCUUUGAGAUUGUGAAACCGGGCCAUGCCCUCGUCCCACCUCGACCUGACGUUUUCUUCAUGGCUUACAAUUUUGACAGGGACUCUUCCGAUGAGGAGUAACCCACCCUACCCCACCUACCCUUAUUUUCUUCUCCCAUCAUGUGUGUGUGUUCUCCCCUCCCUCAUCACCAUUUUCUUUGUGUGCUAUUCUGGAUUUCUUUGAGCGCAAGUUGAGUGGAAAAGGGAGAGCUGGUGCAUUUGUUGUAGGUGUAUGUGUAGCUUUUGCUUUAGCGUGUUUACUGAUGGGUGGACGUUGUUCGUUUGAAUGUACAACAAAAAAAUGGUCAUCAGGUUUUUACACUCGGGUACUGCAGCUUUUUUUUUUUUUUUAAAUGUCCAAUUUGCAAGUACAUGUCAGGGGGACCACUUCUAUUGUGUAGCACUAACAUUAGUUGGGGAAAAAUAAAGUCAUUGACAACAGCCCCAUUCAUUGGUACUUGGAGUGACUGAUGGUGUCAUGUGUGGUGAGGAAAGCGAAUUAUCCAAAGUGCUUUUGCUUCUUUCUGUCAUGUAUAUCUGAUUUCAUUAUUUUUUUCAGCUCGCUUUUGGAAGUCAAGAGGGAUAUAUUAAUAGACAAACUGAUGUUAUGGUUAGAGUUAUUUUGCAUUCCUCAUUGUUUCAUGCUAGGUUUGAUGUUCACACGUAUAGUGGUACCUAUUAUGCUUCUGUAAUAAAACAAUCCCCAAAAA